GAAACGGCACAUUGACCCCCCUCAUUGUUGAUCCACCCUACCGGGAACAGAGAAACGUUUAUCGAAGUUGAGGGAUUAUUUUGUAUUACAACAUUCAUCGACACUCGUAUGCUGUGGCUUUCAAUAGUUUAGCAAACAUCCAUAAAGUAUCGAAACUUCGUUUCCCUAUAACUCCCGAGGGAGUAACGGUUGGGAAAGAGAAACUUUUAAUCACUGGACGGAUUCCCGUUUCCAUUCCACCAUUUUGAGGUGUUUUUUUUGAGUUGGGCAAGUUUUCAAGUGAAUUGUCUUUCGAUACGUAGUGAACAUGACAGCCAUAAACACGGCCAACAUCAACUUCAAAUGGGACCCAAAGAGCCUGGAGAUCCGCACCCUGGCUGUGGAGCGGCUGCUGGAGCCCUUGGUCACGCAGGUCACGACCCUGGUGAACUCCAGCAACAAGGGGCCGUCCAAUAAGAAGAAGGGACGCUCUAAGAAGGCCCAUGUAUUGGCUGCCUCGGUGGAGACCGCCACCUUGAACUUCCUGGAUAAAGGAGAGAAGAUCGCCAAGGAGAGCCAGUUCCUCAAGGACGAGCUCACUGCUGCCGUGGAGGAUGUCCGCAAGCAAGGUGAAUCCAUGAAGCAGGCAUCAGGAGAGUUUGCGGAGGACCCGUGUUCCUCGGUCAAGAGGGGUAACAUGGUCCGUGCCGCCAGGGCCCUCCUCUCUGCUGUCACUCACCUGCUGGUGCUGGCCGACAUGUCUGACGUCUACAAGCUGCUGCUGCAACUCAAACUGGUGGAGGAGAACCUGGUGAAGGUCCGAAACGCUGGAACAGAGCAGGACCUGGGCAUCCAGUACAAGGCCCUGAAACCAGAAGUGGACAAACUCAACAUGAUGGCUGCCAAGAGACAGCAGGAGUUGAAGGAUGUUCACCAUAAGGAUCAGAUGGCGGCUGCCCGCGGUGUUCUCCAGAGGAACAUUCCCAUGCUCUACACCGCCUCACGCGCCUGCCUCCAACACCCGGACGUGGCCGCAUACAAGGCGAACCGUGACCUGAUCUACAAGCAGCUUCAGCAAGCUGUCUCCGGCAUCUCUAAUGCUGCCCAGGCCACCGCCUCAGAUGAUGCUGCCUUCAACCAUCCUGCCGGGGGAGGAGAGCUGGCCUACGCGCUCAACAACUUUGACAAGCAGAUCAUCGUGGACCCCCUGGCGUUUAGCGAGGAGCGUUUCCGCCCGUCUCUGGAGGAGCGCUUGGAGAGCAUCAUCAGUGGCGCUGCCCUCAUGGCCGACUCGUCCUGUACCCGUGAUGACCGGCGCGAGCGCAUCGUGGCCGAGUGCAACUCUGUCCGUCAGGCUCUGCAGGACCUGCUGUCUGAGUACAUGGGCAAUGCUGGCAGGAAGGACAGGAGUGAUGCUCUGAACACCGCCAUCGACAGGAUGACCAAGAAGACUAGGGACCUUCGCAGACAGCUGCGUAAGGCGGUCAUGGAUCAUGUCUCUGACUCGUUCCUGGAGACCAACGUUCCUCUGCUGGUUCUGAUCGAAGCGGCGAAGAACGGUAAUGAGAAGGAGGUGAAGGAAUACGCCCAGGUGUUCCGCGAGCACGCCAACAAGCUCAUCGAGGUGGCCAACCUGGCGUGCUCCAUCUCUAAUAAUGAGGAGGGAGUGAAGCUGGUCCGUAUGGCUGCUUCCCAGCUGGAGACACUCUGCCCCCAGGUGAUUAAUGCAGCUCUGGCGCUAGCUGCGAAGCCCAACAGUAAGGUUGCUCAGGACAACAUGGACCUCUUCAAAGACUCCUGGGAGAAACAGGUCCGCGUCCUUACUGAUGCCGUCGAUGACAUCACCAGCAUCGACGACUUCCUCUGUGUGUCCGAGAACCACAUUCUGGAGGACGUGAACAAGUGUGUGAUAGCACUGCAGGAGAAGGAUGUGGACGGGCUGGACCGUACGGCCGGGGCCAUCCGGGGCCGCGCUGCCAGAGUGGUCCAUGUGGUCACAUGUGAGAUGGACAACUAUGAACCUGGAGUCUACACAGAGAAAGUUCUGGAGGCCACCAAGCUACUCACUAACACAGUCAUGCCUAGGUUCACAGAGCAGGUGGAGGCAGCGGUAGAGGCUCUGAGUGCAAACCCCACCCUCCCCGUUGAUGAGAACGAGUUCAUCGACGCCUCCCGUCUGAUCUACGACGGAGUCCGUGACAUCCGCAAGGCCGUGCUCAUGAUCAGGACUCCUGAAGAGCUGGAUGACUCUGACUUUGAGACGGAGGACUUUGAUGUUCGCAGCAGGACCAGCGUGCAGACAGAAGAUGACCAGCUUAUCGCAGGCCAGAGCGCCAGGGCUAUCAUGGCCCAGCUGCCCCAGGAGCAGAAGGCUAAGAUCGCUGAGCAGGUGGCCAGUUUCCAGGAGGAGAAGAGCAAGCUGGACGCUGAGGUGUCCAAGUGGGACGACUCUGGCAACGACAUCAUCGUCUUGGCCAAACAGAUGUGUAUGAUCAUGAUGGAGAUGACUGACUUCACCAGGGGUAAAGGUCCGUUGAAGAAUACCUCUGAUGUCAUCAGUGCCGCUAAGAAGAUUGCUGAGGCUGGAUCCAGGAUGGAUAAACUGGGCCGCACCAUCGCAGACCAGUGUCCAGACUCGGCCUGUAAGCAGGACCUGUUGGCCUACCUACAGCGUAUAGCCCUGUACUGCCACCAGCUCAACAUCUGUAGUAAGGUCAAAGCAGAGGUCCAGAACCUGGGAGGAGAGCUCGUGGUCUCUGGGGAGGUUUCCCAAGCAUUCCUAGAGAGCCAGGUGGACAGUGCUAUGUCUCUGAUCCAGGCAGCUAAGAACCUGAUGAACACGGUGGUGUCCACGGUCAAGGCUAGCUACGUGGCCUCCACUAAGUACCAGAAGUCCAUGGCCAUGCAGUCCCUGAACAUGCCUGCUAUCUCCUGGAAGAUGAAAGCCCCGGAGAAGAAACCCCUGGUCAAGAGAGAGAAACAGGAAGAUGGAUCCAACAACAAGGUCAAGAGGUCAUCCCAAAAGAAACACAUCAACCCUGUUCAGGCUCUCAGCGAGUUCAAAGCCAUGGAUAGCAUCUAGAGAUGGAGCGGUCAAGUCAGGGUUAGGGUGGUGAGAGGAGGUGGGGCUAGAGGGUUGGGAUACCGAUGGAGCUGGCUAGAUCAACUCUGAUGGAGCUGGCUAGAUCAACUCUGAUGGAGCUGGCUAGAUCAACUCUGAUGGAGCUGGCUAGAUCAACUCUGAUGGAGCUGGCUAGAUCAGCUCUGAUGUAGAUGUUUGGAGCUUCUUUUUAGUCUCGUCAAAAAUGACAGGGUGAGAAAAAAAAUUAUAAUUCUGAAUGAAAUGGUUUGGAAAGCUCCUCCUCCUUUCCUUCCCUGGUCUAGUCCAGCCGUCUGGUUGGAUGUGAUGUUGCUAUGGAAGGGAAGGUCCUGAGCUCGCUCUCUCUUUUACUCUACCAGUCACUUUUUUUCAUUCAAACGACUGUAUUCUGAUGGCUCUCCGUCUCUAGCCUGCCGUAUGAUGUCUUUUACUGGAAAACAAAGCGAAUUAGAAAAAAGCAAAGGGCAAUUCUAUUACUGUUGUUGCUAUUAUAUUCCAGUGUUUGUACGAGAGGGGAGGGAGGCUUUCAUUGAUACUGUAAGAUCUAAUUCUGACAACUAAUCAUUUUGACCCCUGACCCACUACCCCUUAACCUGUGAUGUGAGAUGCCCUGGGUAUUUUAUAUGAUUACAUUCUAACAUAUUUUCUAAUUGUGUGGACGGUGGGAGGGUAUUGGAUGGUAUCCCACUAUGUGCCGUAUAGAAUAUGGUGCAGCAUUAUAUAAUGUGCAGAUCAGAUGGCCUAUCCACUCUAAACCAGAUCUACUGCCUUAAUACUUAAUACUGGAGCAUUGGUUUUUAGCUUUGAUUUUUAAAAAACAAGUUGAUUUUUCAUUCUCAAUGUGUUCUGUGCUGUCUAAUAAAAGUUUGAUAUUA